CAUGAAGCUGAGCGAAGCAGAGGCUCUGAGGAGCUCCAUCAAAAAGGAAGGAAAUGCCAUCGACCGCUUUGAGGAGGCCAUCUUCUUCAGCCUCAAAGGAGAGGUAAAGAGGCAGGUCUGCAGUAACGUGGGAUGUGUGAAGCUGGCCAAGGAAAUGAGCAGGCAGGCGCUGAGACUGCUGGAAAAGCGGUUCCCCCGGACUCGUGCCGGGGCCUUUGUCAAGUCUCUGUGGGAAGGGUUGAAGCGUGCUCCUCAGGCCACAGGCAGAGCGUCCUUCCUUCCCCAGGAGGCUCGGAGGAAGAAGCAAGCCUGGCUGGUUCAGCGGAGCAGAUGCCUCUCCUUGCUCGAGGACCUCUACAGCCAGGAGGGCACAUCUGGCGGACAGAGGUUCUCCCGCCUGGCAGCACUCAUGAAGGCCAACACGGACAGCAAGAUGCACUCCUAUCAGGCAGCAGACUCACACAUUGGACAAGCCUUGAAUUAAGGAAAAUAGGUCAGGUUAAAAGCUAUGUGCUUUCAUGGCGUGCUGAAUUGGCAGCUGCAGAUGUGGCCUUGCGAAGCCAGCUUUUGGCUGCCCAUAACCGAUGCUUUUCUACAGGCUUAGGCAACGAGUGCAGACAGCGGGUCUCCUGUUUCUCCAAGUGACACCGUUCAGGUACCCUACGUCUGGAAUGCAGACAGCAGGCUAGGACAGUAAACCACAAAUUAACAAAGAAGCAACGGAUUGGUGGACGGAGCUGUAGCCGAUGAGAGGACCGGCCAAAGCCAGGUGAAAGAAUACA